AUGCCGCUGGGCUGGAGGAGGAGGGCAGGGAGCGCCGCGGUGCGGGACUCGGACCGGGCCGAGGCGCUCGCAGUACUAGCGGCUUCUGGUUUUUCUGAGGGCCGCCCCAGAGGCUUUGACCAACGAGUCCGAGCCCGCUCCUGCUACUUCUGGAGCCUGCGGGCCGCGGUUCAGUCGCCACGAGUCCUGUACCAGGCGUCUCCUGGGUGGGCGACGGGAAGAGAGCGUGGCCUCGGCCUCGGCCUUAGCCGGGCUCCGGCCACUCUGGGUGCCGGGGACAGCGUGGUCGUGCAGGAGGCCAAGAAAGUGGUGAAUCCACUAUUUGAGAAAAGGCCUAAAAAUUUUGGCAUUGGACAAGAUAUCCAGACCAAAAGAGACCUCACCCGCUUUGUGAAAUGGCCCCGCUAUAUCAGGCUGCAGCGGCAGAGAGCCAUCCUCUAUAAGCGGCUGAAAGUCCCCCCUGCAAUUAACCAGUUCACCCAAGCCCUGGACCGCCAAACAGCUACUCAGCUGCUUAAGCUGGCCCACAAGUAUAGACCAGAGACGAAGCAAGAAAAGAAGCAGAGGCUGUUGGCCCGGGCGGAGAAAAAAGCGGCUGGCAAAGGGGACGUCCCCACUAAGAGACCACCUGUCCUCCGAGCAGGAGUUAACAGCGUCACCAUCUUGGUGGAGAACAAGAAAGCUCAGCUGGUGGUGAUUGCACACGACGUGGAUCCCACUGAGCUGGUUGUCUUCUUGCCUGCCCUCUGUCGUAGAAUGGGAGUCCCUUACUGCAUCAUCAAGGGGAAGGCAAGACUGGGACGUCUAGUUCAUAGGAAGACCUGCACCACUGUCGCCUUCACACACGUUAACUCGGAAGACAAAGGUGCUUUGGCUAAGCUGGUGGAAGCUAUUCGCACCAACUACAAUGACAGAUACGAUGAGAUCCGGCGUCACUGGGGAGGCAAUGUCCUGGGUCCCAAGUCUGUGGCUCACAUUGCCAAGCUAGAAAAGGCAAAGGCUAAAGAACUUGCCACGAAACUGGGUUAAAUGUAAAUAACUGUUUCUGUAAAUAAAAAU